GGUCCUAGAGGUCCGGACGGAAUGCCAGGCGAACUCGGCGCUGAAGGCAAAAAGGGUCUUGGUGGUCCUCCAGGAAAAAUCGGUUUCCCGGGACAAGCGGGCAAGAUCGGGGAGCCUGGGGAGGCGGGGCCAAAGGGAUUUCCGGGCAUUCAAGGGCCAUCCGGGGCUACAGGAGACAAAGGAAUCGCAGGGGAGCCAGGACCUCCAGGGCCCCCAGGAACACUCGGGCCUCCUGGCAAUCCAGGGCCAAAGGGCCCUGCGGGAAAAGUUGGCGAUCCCGGACUUCCAGGAGAACCUGGAGAAAAGGGGUCACUCGGGUCUGCGGGGAACACUGGGGCAGCAGGACUAAUCGGAACAAGGGGAGAACCAGGUUUAGAGGGAGAGGCUGGUCCGGCUGGCCCUGAUGGUGCCAAGGGUGAAAAGGGCGACAUGGGCGGAGAGGGCGAGCAGGGUGUCAGAGGUGACCCGGGAAUCAAGGGAAAAGAAGGGCCACCGGGCGACCCUGGGCUUACUGGCGUCAGA